AUGGCGUCUCUGAAUGAACAACUCGCGACUUUAGUUGACAACUACACAGCUUGUGAUGUAUCUGAUGCACUACUUAAACUCCAGAAAGUACCGAAAGUUCCAAUUUCCCCGAUACUCGGAAGAAACGACGCAACAGGCAAGGUUGCUGCUCCUGCAACGACAUUUAAGUUCUUGAACAAAGGCGAUAAUCCGCCAGCCAUCGCCGCCGAGAACCCUGAGAGGCAUGGGUUUCCACCCGGCAAACACUGGGUAGACUACACCGGUGACUAUGCCGCCGAAGAUCCAUCUAAUGCCGGCUCAAUUGUUGUCAUCGAACAACCCAGCGAGCAGCACUGUGCUGUUACAGGCGGGAUCAUGGCCGCGCGCAUGAAGGUCUUGGGUAUAAAAGCCACUGUUGUGAGUGGCCGGGUGCGGGACGUGCGCGAGUUGCAAGCAACGGGGCUUCCUAUUUGGGCUCGGUCUACUUCGACGGUUGGCACCGGCGCAGAGGCUCAAGCUGGUGCACGAAAUGUGCCAAUUUCUGUCGCAGGGAUAACCGUCUCUCCAGGUGACAUCAUUUUCUGUGACCCACUGGAAGGAGUAGUUGCUAUUCCACGGGACCUGCUAAGUGCAGUUCUGGAGACUAUUCCGAAACUAAUCAGCAUGGAUGAUAAGGCCAAGGAAGCCGUAAGCCAGGGCAUGACUGUGACUGAGGCAUUUAAGACAUUUCGAUCAUAG